AUGGCCAUAGAAUUCCUCGAAACUGCUUUCACAGAGACCUCAUCCGAUGGUUCGGAUGACCUGAGUUCGCCGAGCGAUGCAACUACAUCUACAGCUGUUACCUCCAUCCAAUCUUCUCCUAGUUUCGAAAAGGCAAUCUUACCAGAGUCUUUCCUCCUACAAAGUCUCAUCAAAUCGGAGAGGGAUACUUGUACCCUCCCGCACUCUUUGCCAGCAGUACCUAACAAUGAAGAAUUUGCAACAGCAGCUGAACCUGAUCGAGAGACGCCUGACAACUGGCUUAAACGUAACCCUAAAUUGAUCCGACUGACUGGUAAACAUCCAUUCAACUCUGAGGCAAAGUUAGAAUCUCUCUUUGACGCGGGCUUCAUUACACCAGCUCACUUACAUUUUGUCCGUAAUCAUGGAGCAGUCCCACAAGUUGGAACGGAGAUGCUAGCCGAUUGGACGAUCCGUGUUCACGGCCUUAUCGCGCAUGAGAUGACUUUUACAUUAAAAGAUCUUCGUGAACAGUUCACAGUAGUCACGUUACCCGUCACUCUCGUUUGUGCUGGCAAUAGACGGAAGGAACAGAACACUGUCCGGAAGACCCUUGGCUUCAGCUGGGGAGCCGCCGGAGUCUCUACUGCUUUGUGGACGGGUGUUUACUUAUCGGAUAUCUUGGAAUACGUGAAACCUCGUCGCGGUAAGGCCAAGUAUGUUGUCUUUGAUGGAGGCGACAGUCUCCCAAAUGGACCAUACGGGACUUCACAAAAGCUUUCGUGGGCAGCUAACAAAGAUAAAGGCAUGCUUAUAGCGUGGGCUAUGAAUGGUUUGCCGUUGGAACCUGACCAUGGCUUCCCUGUGAGACUCGUCGUGCCAGGCCAGAUUGGAGGGCGCUCGGUAAAGUGGUUGAAAGGAAUCGAAAUCAGCGAUCGAGAAAGUCAACAUCAUCUACAUUUCUGGGAUAACAAAGUUCUACCGACACAGAUAAUGCCCGAGCAAGUACGAGCUGAGAAACACUGGUGGUAUGAUCCUAGAUAUAUUAUCACUGAGCUGAACGUCAACAGUGUGAUUGCGAAACCCGACCACAAUGAGACGUUGCAGAUAUCGCAUGACCCUCAGCAAAAUGUCUCAUCAUAUGUUCUUCGCGGUUACGCAUAUGCAGGUGGCGGUCGUCGAGUAACUCGGGUAGAAGUCUCCCUUGAUGAGGGCAAAAGUUGGACGUUGGCAAACAUUGACUACCCUGAGGAUCUUUACCGUGAUGUAUGUCAUUCUGAUCCCGUAUACGGAACGCUUGACUUGACUAAUAGGGACACAUGCUUCUGCUGGUGCUUCUGGUCUUACGAUGUUUCAUACGAUGUAUUGAGGGAUUGCGAUGCCUUAAUGGUGAGGGCCAUGGAUGAAAGCAUGGCGCUCCAGCCGAGAGAUAUGUACUGGCAUGCUCUGGGAAUGAUGAAUAACUGGUGGUUCCGAGUUGCUAUUCAUAAAGUAGUUAAGGAGAGUGAGACAAUUCUGCAGUUUGAACACCCCACCGUAAUAGGGGGAUCAGGUGGAUGGAUGGAGCGAAUGAAGAAUGCGGGGGAAGACAUUACAAAACCAUCCUUUGGCGACACCGAUAAUCUUCCUAGGUCUUCGGUAGCUUCACAGCCUCCGGCCGAGGAGGUAUCUAUGAAAAAAUCUGGCGUUUCUCGCCGAAUCACUCCAGAGGAGUUAAAAGCGCAAGAUCGCAAACAGCCGUGGUUUGUGGUUAACGGUGAAGUUUACGACGGGACACCUUUUCUCAAUGAGCAUCCUGGUGGUGGUGAUUCUAUCGUGCUUGUUGCGGGGGAAGAUGCCUCUGAGGAUUUCAUGGCCAUACAUUCAGCGGAAGGCAAGGCAUUAUUAGCUGAGCAUCACAUUGGGACCCUGACAGCUGCCGUGACGAACCAAGAAAAUUCUGAAGUUCGAACCGCGGAUACUGCCUUCUUGGAGAGGUCAAGAUGGAACGCCGUCAAGCUUUGUGCCAUACAGCAAGUCAACCAUGACUCGUAUCUUUAUCGGUUUGCAUUACCAUACGAAACCCAAGAACUCGGACUUCCUGUUGGUCAACACGUAUUCGUAAGGCUGCGUCGGAGGGACACUGGAGAGAUGGUGCAAAGAGCAUACACACCUGUCUCCAGAAAAGGAGCUGUGGGCUUCAUCGACUUCUUGAUCAAGUUAUAUCUCCCCACAGCGACGUGUGCGGCAGGUGGUAAAAUGACCACAGGUUUCCAUCAAUUGUCUAUAGGGGACAGCGUGGAACUAAAGGGGCCUCUUGGUUCUUUCACGUGGAAAGGGUCGGGCGUUGCGCUUUGGAGAGAUGCUGAACGGCAAGUGAAGGAUAUUGGAAUGAUAUGCGGUGGCAGUGGCAUAACUCCCAUUCUACAAGUCCUUCGCGACGUUCUUGGGGACCCAUCAUGUCCCGAUAUUCGAGUUUGGUUGAUCGAUGCGAACAAGACAGAGGAAGACAUAUUAUGCCGCGAAGAGCUUGAUCUUUUGUUCGCCUCGCACGGAAAAGAUCGCUUCAAAUUGCACUAUGUUCUCGGGAAAGCACCAGCGACAUGGAAUCAUAGUACUGGAAGGAUCAAUGACACCUUGCUGUCGGAGCACCUGCCUAGUCCUUCCAAAGAUGGGUUAGUUCUCAUUUGUGGACCAGACGCCAUGAUAUCCCACACAGUCAAACCGGGUCUGACGAGGUUGGGAUGGGACAUCGAAGAUUCUCUCGUCGUGUUUUGA